AUGCUGCAUUGGUUAAUUUUAUGUAUUUCAUUAUGGACUGUUACAGAGACUUGGGCGUUAUACGAUAAUAAUGGUCCCGUCAUUAUUCUUUCAGAAAAAAAUUGGGCCGAUGAGGUUUUAAUGACAGAGAAAGUUGUAGUUGUAGAAUUUUUCGCGCCUUGGUGUGGACAUUGUAAAAAUCUUGCCCCUGAAUAUAAAAAGGCAGCAGAGAACCUUAAAGGUCUUGUUAAAUUAACAGCGGUUGACUGUGACGAUGAAGCAAAUAGAAGGAUUUGUUCCACGUAUGAUGUUAAAGGUUUUCCAACGAUCAAACUUUUCCCAAGUCAAGGAAUUGAAGACAAGGAUAACAUUGGAAAGGUUUCAAAGAAACCUAAAGAUUAUAAUGGAGCACGAACUGCUCAAGCAAUUGUUGAUUAUGCAAUCUCUGAGAUACCAUCUUUUGUAAAUUCGAUCAGUAGCGAUAUUAGUAAAAAGAAAUCUUUGACAUUGGAUGAAUUUUUUGCCAAGAGUAAUGACACAAUUUCGAAAGUUAUUCUUUUUACUAAUAAGGAUCAAACAACACCUUUAUACAAAGCUCUUUCUUGCGAAUUUCACAAUAGACUUAUACUUGGAGAAGUUAAAGAAAAGGAAUCAGCUAUAGUUGAGAAAUUUGGAAUUAAUAAAUUUCCCAAGUUAUUUAUUAUUCCAAAAGAUAGUAAAGAUAUCAUAGAAUUUACAGAUAAAUUCAGUUAUGACACGAUAUUCAAGUUUUUGGAUAAAUAUGCAUUGCCUAAAAGAAAAUUGAAAGAAAAAGAAGCACCAGAGCCAGAACCAUUUGAUCCAGAAAUAAAUGAAAUUCAAACACAAUCACAAUUAGAGGAACUAUGUCUUUCCAAACCAAUUGGUCUUUGUGUAUUCUCAUUCCUAAUAGUUGAACCAGAGUAUCCAGAAUCAGUUGCAGAACAUUCAGCAAAUCUUGAAAUUCUUCGUAAUGUGAAAAAAAAACUUUAUGAACAAAAGAGUAUUGAUAAAAAACUUAGUUUACGAUUUUUCUGGUUUAACGCGUUAUCAAAGGAAUCCAAAAAAUUGAUAAAAGAUUUUAAAUUAUCGGAUAUGUUUCCAAAUUUAAUGAUUCUUAAUCCAAAUAGAAAGGUUUAUCGACCACAUCUUGGACCAUUUGAUGAAGAAGGAAUUGAAAGAUUUUUAAAUGAAAUUGCGAAAGGACGUGGAAGUAGUUAUGAGUAUAACUUUGAAGUUAAUAUGGGAGAGAAAGACGAUGAAAAGAAAAAUGAAAAGAUUGAAAAGAAAGAGGAAGAAGAGAAAAUUGAGAAGAAAGAAGAAAAGAAAAUUGAAAAGGAUGAAAAGAAAAUCGAAGAGAAGGAGGAAAAGAAAUGUGAAACAGAUGGACAGGAAAAGGAUGGUGUUUGUAGUGGGGAUAUACAUAAAACAACUAGUGAUAAGUCUGAUGAGGAAGAUAAGCCUAAAGAUCAUGAUGAGCUGUAA